UCGCUGCCGCGGGGCGGGGCGGGAGGUUCCCCGCUGGCAGCGCACCCGCGGAGCGGGGAGGGCGGGCGGGCGGAAGGUCCCCGCUGCCAGCGCACCCGCAGCCGCGGUGCGGAGCGGGGCCGCGGUCGCCGGGCGAUGGGCAGCGAGGCGGGUGGCCCGCGGGCGACCGCGCCGGGGCAGCAGCUCCGCGCUCUCUUCUACGUGCUGCCUCCCGGGGAGAGCUCCUUCCGCACGGUGGAGGAGGUGCCCGACUACGUGGAGAAGAGUAUUCCAUUCUUCAUUGCUUUUAUUGGGCUGGAGUUCGCUGUCAGCUGGGUUCAGAAGCGUAAACUGGCAGGUCGGAUCAAUGAUGGCAUAAGUUCUCUUUCUUUAGGUAUCCUGUCUCGACUGCCAGAUGUUUUAUUCAGAAGUGUUGACUUAAUUAGUUAUAUCUACGUAUGGAAUAACUACAGACUCUUUGAACUGCCCUGGGACUCACCAUGGACGUGGUAUGUGACACUCCUAGGAGUGGACUUUGCAUACUACUGCUUUCAUCGCAUAAGCCAUGAGGUUAAUAUACUGUGGGCAGCGCACCAAGUACAUCAUAGUUCUGAAGAUUACAACUUAUUCACAGCCUUGAGACAAUCUGUGCUGCAGAAAUACACCUCCUGGAUUUUCAACUUGCCCAUGGCUCUCUUCAUUCCCCCUUCAGUGUUUGCUGUUCAUCUACAGUUUAAUCUACUUUACCAGUUUUGGAUACAUACAGAGGUUGUCACCAAACUUGGGCCACUGGAGUGGAUUCUUAAUACUCCCAGUCAUCACAGAGUUCAUCAUGGUAGAAAUCCUUACUGCAUUGACAAAAAUUAUGGCGGCACACUGAUUAUCUGGGACAGGAUAUUUGGAACAUUUGAGGCAGAAGAUGCAAAAGUUGUAUAUGGCUUAACACAUCCAGUAAAUUCGUUUGAUCCCAUCAUGCUGCAGUUACGUCCCUUGGUUCAUAUUUGGAACACGUUUUGGGCCACACCUGGAUUCUGCAAUAAGCUUUCUGUCAUAUUCAAAGGGCCAGGCUGGGGACCAGGCAAACCUAGACUUGGCCUUCCUGAGGAAAUCCCAGUGAUCACUGGAAAAGAAGUUCCCUUCAAUCCAAGUGUACCAGCUUAUCUUAAUUGGUAUGCAGUUGUACAUUUUGCUAUAAUAAUGGAAUUGUAUACUGGACUUCUUGGUACCGUGACUAUGUUAUCACAGGGAACUAUUCUCCUGAGAAUUGGCUUUAUCAUUCUGUCCCUGACCUCUUUCGGACUACUUAUGGAGAACAGGCCUAAAGCAGACAUUUUGGAAAUUAUCCGCUGCUUAGUUUUUGUAGCUGUGUACAAACUUGGCCACUUAAGGAGUCAGUUUUCUUCCUUGGGCUCUGCCUAUGAGGUCUUGUUUUCCCUCUGCGCUGCAUUCUGGGGAAUCCAAAUUAUGAAGCGGAUCAUUUCAUCCAAAGAUAAACAUCACUGAAAGAGCAGAUCUAGCAUCACUUUAAUUAUGGAAACAGCACUUUGGAAUAACCUUCUAUGUUCCUUGGAAUUAAUCAACCAUGAUUCUUACUGAAUCGCAAUCAUUUUAUUUAUGAUAGGAGAGGUUUGUGAUUUCAUAUGAAGGUUUGAAAGAUUCAUUAGGAUAUGUAUUCAUUUUUUUUGAUUUCUAAAAAAAUAUUUAAUUUCCCUCCAAUUUAAAUAAAAUAUUCAUUCACAACACAUAUUUUUACAUUGAAGUGAUUACAAAGUCUUAGAAACCAUGUAAAACUAAUCGCAUUUUGCAGUGAUUUUGUUAGUAAUUAUAUGUGAAAAGUAUUUUUCACAAGAGGAAUAAUUAAUAUCGUAUUUGUUCUAACCUGGUAUAAAGUGACUGACUGUCUUCCUAUUGAGGCUAAACAUAAACAUGUGUGAAUGUCAGUUUUUCCGUAGUGAUUGAAUUACACUAGAAUUUCAGUGUCAUGCCCAAUUCAGUGUUCAUAACAUACAGCUACAUGAGGAUGAGUAGUCGAGGCAAGAAAAUGAUUAAAAACAGCAUGAUAAAAUAACUUGAACUAGUAUGAGUUGAAACAUCUUCAAUAAAAUUGGACAAUGUAUGUGUUGUAUAAUGCAGACUUGCAGUUUAUACUGAAUUAUUUAAGGAGUACACCUGCAGUUGCCAACUUCAGAUACUGAUGAAGCCAGCACUUGCACAUGGGUAUCCCAUUGACUAAUAUUACUCACGUGACAAAAUAUUUGCAAGGCUGGGCCCUUAAUUUCUGGUAAUUUCCUGCCGGGGUGAUCUCAGGGGAGAUGCACGUCUUGUCUUUCAGGAGCUGUUGGAAAGAUGGUUUGUGCUAAGAUAGGAAAAUUAAAUACAAAUGGUAAAGGGAGUCUCCAAACAGCAGGACUGGCAAAAAUAUUGGAGCUGGGUUGUUUUUCUUUCCUCACACUCUUCCAACUUUUAUUUGGCUCCAAGACUUUUAGAAGUGCUUAAAGUCAAGUAGCUAAAAAAUGUAGGCUGUCUUGCAUGCUUCAAACUAGUAAUAAUACCUGGAUUAAAAAAUGAAUUUAAGUUUGGGUUGGGUUUUUUUCCCAUUCCAUUUUCCUUGUUAAUGACAUGUUAACAGACAGAUUAGAUAGAUAGCCUGCUUUUAAUUAACCCAUAUUUUCAGUAUCUAGCUGUAACAGAUGCCACUGUGUACAUAAUUGGAUGUUUCCAAUAAAUCGUCAGAAACACAAUAAUGUUAUAUAAAUAAAAUUGGUCCAAUGUCUAGUGAUAGUAUCAGAUUAAUUUUACAUAAUUUUUUUACUUCAAAACCCAAGUUUUAAGUUACUCCAUUUGUGUAUCAAAUGCCUUCUGCCUAUCAUUUUAGAUUAUGCUCAAAGACCUUGAAAUAUUUGACAGAGAAGGCAGGUGUUAUUUUUAUUAGAGGCACUAAUACCUGGAAUGCAAAGUAAGGAUAAUACCUUCCUAUACUGAAGGAGUGUUUAAACACAGGACCUGUGGGUCUUCACUUUACAUAAUGAGAAGAUGAAAAAACUGGCCCAUGAAAAGCCUAGAAGAAAUUAGUUUUUAAAUACCUGUUGAGAAGUUUAAUUCAAACUUGUAUUCCUAACAAGGUAAGCUUUCAAGGUCUUUUUAAGAAACGGAUAAAUACAAUUAUGUACCUCUGAGCUCAAGAGUGGAAAUAUAGUCUCAUGUACACCGUUGUGUACUAACACAAUGGUGCGACAGUCAGGACCUUUCUCUGCUAUUACCACUUCUGACCAAAACUUACCAUUUCUUUGCCUGAAUUUCCCCAUCUGUGGAAUGGGGGUGAUGGAAGUACUGAUGGUGUCUCUCACCUUAAUUGAAGUAUUGCAUUUGGGAUCUUUUCCUUACAAAGCUAUUCUAGGAUAUUUAAGAAAAUGACAGAAUCUGAUUCCAGAAAUAGAAAACAAUCUACAAACUUCUUAUGUGACCUCAAAAGUUAGUGUGCCUACAUUUUCAAAACUUGUAAUAGUGACAUCUACCUCAAAGGAAUAUUUUGAGGUCAGUUUAAUAUAAAGACUGAGUAACAUAACAAAGAAUAUAUUGACAGUCAGUUUCCUUAUCAAAAUAAAUCCUUCAAAGAGACAGGAACAGGAUAAAGAUUUAACAUUUUUUUGCAUUUAAAAAUCUGCAAUCUUCAAAGGACAAUAACGAAGAUCUGAAUUAAAUGAAAUUAAAGAUAUCCUAAUGAAUGUAAUUUAUUUACAUGAAGUAAUGAAAGGAAUGUGAUUUCAAAGGUAAAUUCAGAUUAAGAUGUAAAUGUUCUACAUAAAUCAACAGUUUCUCACUCUAGUCACUAUCAGUUGCCUACAAUUAAAUUAAAAAAUACAGGUAAACUAGUGACAAAUAUAAAAGGCACAGUAGUUUAACUAAGAUCGAAAGAAAACAGUUGUACUCAAAAGAGGUCAAUUCUAAUAAAUGAAAUAUGCAAAAACCAGGCACAAAGUAUAAUCCAAACAUACCCCUGCUACAGCCUGCUCUCUCAGAGAUCCUGAACUUUACAGAAACCUUGCUUUCCUACCUUAAAAGUGUCUCAUUUCUCAGCUUGAUGGGAAUCUGGAAAUGAAACAUUCCUCCAUUUCAAUUUGACAGCCCCACUUAACCAAAUGUGGGGGGGGAGCUCCACCAUUGGGAACAUCUAACAUGUCUAACAGAACUGUCCCUUAUAAAAAGUUGCUGGUGAAGGUAACCUAGUCAUUAAAGCAAAAGCCAAAUAAAUUUCCUCUUUUCACGGGUUUUAAAUCCCAAUUUCCUACUUCCAAGGACUUGCCAUUGUGUAUAGGUUGUUUGAAAGCAAGGUGCAGGAGAGGAACGACUUUCUUCCCAUUGCAUACUGAGCAACACAGAACCCCAGAACGACUCCUCUGGCUGAAGCCUUGAACAGACUCACCAAGGGUGUCUGAGAGUCUUGUACUUUACGAUAACAUCCACUGGGUGGAUCCUUUGGAUGCAGACUGGAAGCUAAGGUUUGCCUUUCCCAGAAAACAGAGAGUUUCAAGGACAAGCUCAUACAAACACCCUUGUCUGCAUCAUUCUCCCAUUAGCUAUGUGGUAGGUAGCUAUAUCGUUGUCAACUUGCUUGUCAUGAAUGUUUUUAAAUAUAGAUUGUUUCAGUAUUUUAGGCACCUAACGCCAAUACUGGAUCUAGUUCAUACUGUCUUUGUAGCCACUGCAUACAGUGAAAAAGUCAUCCCAAAGACCUCUGGUUUUGAGUAAUCAAGAGGCUCUGGAGGCUAGAUGGCCACUGAAUUGAAUUAUGUGUAGUUAAUGUAUUGCAUAAAGUUAAUUGAAUUAAUUGAAUCCUAACUGCAAACAUUGCUUAUUGCUAGGAUGUAUUAGUGGCAUUUUGGUAAUUCACCCUUCUUCCCUCACCUUUUUAAUAUUGCGUUGCUCAUUUCUUUAGAGUUUAACCGUAUUGCCUGGUUUGAAGAAUUGUAUAGGAUCAAGCGAAAUCAGGUGAAUUAUGUGAGUACAUUAGCGAACAAAGUAUUGAUGCAGAACUAACAGAUUUUGUGCAAGUAACUAUUUUUCGUUUAGAAAGCUACUGUUUCAUGUCUCUGGAAACAAAAAUAUUCUGCAGGCUAAAACCCUAGCCUCGCAUAUCCAGUGAGAAACAUCAUAAAUAAUAUUUGUAAUAUUUGCGGUAUUGCUUAAGACUUCCGUUUUGGUUUUGUUUGUCAUUAAACUCCCCAGUGGCACACCUUGGGGGAAAAAAUGUAGAUAAACAAAGUUUUUUUUCAGCAAGAAUGUUAAAAAAGUGACUGCCCCUGCUCUUUCCAGCUGUUGCAAUGUCACAUCCCUACACAUGGCCUUUCCCGGACUAUGAAGACAGCAGUAUCAAGUUACUGAAAACCCAGAAGUAAGCAGCUGAAUCCUGUAUUCACUUGAGACCUGACCCUGCGCCAUUCAAGUCACCAAAAAAACUUGCUGCUGACCUCAGGAUCAGGGCAGAGCAUUCCCUGUAUGGAAACAAGAAUGAUGCAAUAUUUACUGCAACUCAAGCUUUGGGAUGGUGCUUUAGUUAAAAGUAACACAGUUGCACAAUUACUUGUUCCCGUAAGUGUCUAACAUGGUGUUCUUUGUGUAAUAUUAAAAUCAGAGCCCUUUGAUGGAUAAAUGAUGACAGUUAAAGCUGUAAGCUAUGCAUACCAUGUACAAUGGACUCAUGGUCCUUUCUCUUGAUUUUCCUUACUCCAGUUUUCUCUCAAGUCUGUGGGAUUAGGGACAUCGUUACCUCAACCACUAUCUAAAAGGAGGUAGUUGAUCAGAUAUUUUAAAGUUCCUUUUAACAGACAAAUUUCUGUGAGCUUUCAGGGGUUUAUGUCAUGUGAUUAGACACUACUAAGCUGAGUGGCCCUGAAGGUAAGAGUUGUUUGGACUUUUCAUCUUUGCUCUCUAACUUGUGAUAAAAAGGACUGUGCCUUAGCGAUGGAGUUCAUCAAGAAGAGCAAUAACUCUCAGAGAAUGCUCAAAGCAUCACCACGUCUUGCAAUAUUAUGCAAACUAUGUUGCCCAUAGUUGAAGUUUUUCUUAAAAAUCUGUCUCCUG